CUCAGAUCGAACUCCAACUUCCAGUCGCUCGCUAGCACAAACAACUCCGGUCUUCGUACCACCGACACUCGUUUUCAACGUCCAAAAUCCAAACACCCGCAAAUCUUUAGUCUUCUAGUUUAGAAACUACCACUCCAACAAUCAAAAUGAAGUUCACCGCUACCGCCGCUGCCAUUGCAGCUCUCGCUGUCUCCGCCAACGCUGCUGCUGUCUCUUCCAGCACCUCUGGUACCUGGGAUGACUGGAACGCCACGGCCACCAGCACCACCACCAGCACUACCACAACUACCACCACAAAGGCUACCACCACCUCUGCUGCCGGUACCUGGGCUGACUGGACUGCCACUACCACCACCUCCGCCAAGGCUACCACUACCACCUCCAGCAAGGCUUCUACCACCACCUCCGCCGCUGGCACCUGGGCCGACUGGACCAGCAGCUCUGCCACCCCAGACAGCUGGACCAGCUCCGUUGUCUCAACCAUCACCACGUAUGUGCCAGGCCCAACUGUCAUCUCCCACCACGGCAAGAGCUACACCUGCACUGGUGCCACCACCUUGACCCUCACAGAGGGUCCCUUCACCAUCUCCGUCCCCGUGUGGACCAAGACCUCUACCUCUUGCAGUGAGACUGCCACCUCCACCCCAGUCACCCCAGUUGCUGGUGAGACCACCUGGACCGCCCCAGCUGGCUCCAGCACCACCCCUGCCGGCGCUGUCUGGACAUAUGCUCCUUCCUCCAGCUCGCCGGUUUCCCCAGCCGUUUACACUGGCGCUGCCAACGCCCUCAACGUUGGUGCUGGUCUUGCUGGUGUUGGUGCCAUCGCCGCUUUCCUCCUGUAAACGGUGGAUUGCUAGAAGCCCUUGACGAGAGCUGGAUGAGCAGCUUCGGUUCUUGUCAAGGGCUUUUGCAUUUGCUUCUUGAACGUUUUUCUGAACCUGGAAAGCAACGAUGCGGUUGAGCGCUUUGACUGCAGCACGCGACACUCACGGCAUGUUUUAUGGUGGGACAUGACGACCUCUUUGGCAAUUUGUUUGCAUGCUUCAAUCGGCGCAACGUUGGAUCACCGAUCUCGGCUGGUCGUUGGAUUAUGAGGAUCACUUUCCUGUACUCCCUCCCGGGUAUAGAAGGAUCUUCAUGACAUUUUUCUGGGGUUUGGUAUUAUAUUAAUGAAUGGAAAUCAUUUUUGAGGCUACCUAGCAUUGUUUGCGAGUUCAUGGGAUCCCAAAAGAAAUGUGAAUUUUUUGUGUGCAUACCACUAAAAUCCAAGAGACCUAAACUGUUUCCUUUGCAGUCUUGUAUCUAGCACAUUCUUCUUUGGAGCUCGAGAAUGACCAUCCAAUGUUUCCUCACCGAGCAA